AUGUCUGGCAUCACCGCUGCUCCCACCAGCCCCAACAGUACGACCGCAACUACUGUUCUAGCCACAACGGCGUCUAGCUUCAUUGAAGGUCUUAUUAACAAAAUCCCAUUACCCAGAUGGGCUCUCAUAGCUAUAGCUGUCGUAGUGUGUCUUGUCCUCCUCCUCCUCCUCAUCUGCAUCAUUAAGUGCUGCUGCUGCAGGAAGAAACACAAGAAGAAGGAAAAAAUCAAUUUGGUUGGCAUCAAUGGCUCAUCCACAACAGCCAGUCUGGUCCAGCCUGAUACGGAAGAUAUAGAGUGUGGCCUGGAGGAUGAGAAACGCGGACGGCUGCAAUAUUCCCUGGAUUAUGACUUCCGUAGCCAGGAGUUGAAGGUUGGAGUAAAGCAGGCAGCAGAUCUGAAGGCAAUGGACAGUGGAGGUACUUCUGAUCCCUACGUGAUCGUCUAUCUAACAUCGGAUAUGAAGAAGAAGUAUGAAACAAAGGUUUACCGUAAGACACUCAACCCUGUUUUCAACGACAGCUUCAUUUUUCAGAUACCCCAGGCAGAGGUAGCUGAGUCCACCCUGGUGAUGCAGGUGUACGAUUUCAAUCGUUUUUCCAAACAUGACAUCAUUGGCGAGAUGCGGCUGCCACUUGGGGAUGUUGACUUGCAACACGUUAUUGAGCAAUGGCACGAGCUCACCGCGGCCAGCAAGAUUGAGCAAGAGCGCCUUGGGGAGAUUUGCUUUUCACUCAGAUAUGUUCCCAGCACUAGCAAAUUAACUGUGGUCAUCUUAGAAGCCAAGAAACUCAAGCGGAUGGAUGCACACGGAUUGUCAGAUCCCUAUGUCAAAGUGCAAGUUACUUUGAACAAAAAGAAAUGGAAGAAAAAGAAGACAAGUAUGAAGAAAAACACAUUAAGUCCCUACUUCAAUGAGGCGUUUGUUUUUGAAGUGCCCUUCAGUUUGAUUCAGAAUAUCGACUUGGUGAUUUCAGUCUGGGAUCAUGACAAAAUGACCAAGGAUGACCAGAUCGGCAAGGUGUUCUUGGGUUGCAGAGCGACAGGCAACCAGCUGCGUCAUUGGUCAGAUAUGCUAGCCAAUCCCCGCAGGCCGGUUGCGCAGUGGCACAGCCUCCAGCCUGUGGAAGAUGUUGACAAAACCUUGGGGCUGAAGUCUCGCUUCAAGUUGCCGAUACCCGGCAGCUAA